GUAACCAAACUUGACGUAUUUUCAUUUGAAAUCGUAUCGUUGAAUUCGUGUCAAUAAAGCGUGUAUCCGUUUUGCUCGUACGGUUGCUCUCAGUAUACAGUAUACAGUGUCCGACCGCAGUAUUCCCUUCGAUGCAGGCGUGUCUGGUGAAAAGUUCCAGCCACGAAGUGCUGUUCCAUACGGCACCAGUAGAAUAGUAGACCUAGUUAGCCCUUAAUUAUCUACUAACUGAAUUCUCCGACUUGCCGACAAAAUUCUAAAAGGGACUUGAAUCAGCCAUGGGGAAGCAGAACAGCAAGCUGAAGCCAGAAGUGUUGGAGGAUCUCAAACAGAAUACGGAAUUCUCGGAUGCUGAAAUUCAAGAAUGGUACAAAGGCUUCUUAAAGGACUGCCCGAGCGGACACCUCAGCGUGGAAGAAUUCAAGAAGAUAUACGGAAACUUCUUUCCUUAUGGUGAUGCUUCCAAGUUUGCAGAACACGUGUUCAGAACAUUCGACGCGAACGGGGAUGGAACGAUCGACUUUCGAGAAUUUCUAUGCGCCCUCAGCGUAACGUCCCGUGGCAAAUUGGAACAGAAAUUAAAGUGGGCAUUCAGCAUGUACGAUCUGGAUGGUAACGGAUACAUUUCGCGGCAAGAAAUGUUGGAAAUUGUCACGGCAAUUUACAAAAUGGUCGGUUCGGUGAUGAAAAUGCCCGAGGACGAGUCAACCCCCGAAAAGAGAACCGACAAGAUAUUCCGUCAGAUGGAUAAAAAUAAGGAUGGGAAAUUGUCGCUCGACGAGUUUAUAGAGGGUGCGAAAAGCGACCCGUCUAUUGUGCGACUGUUGCAGUGCGAUCCAAGUGCACAAGCUCAGUGAGACCCUGGGCUAUUACGCAAGUAUUACCGUAUCAUCUACAUACCUGAUUCGGGAACCGGUCUGAUCAUUGUUCCGCCAGCUAACGAUACGCUGAUAAAGAAACGUCCAUUUAAAAAGCUCACUAGAAAACUUAUUAAAACCCUAGUUCGUAUCGUUAAUUUUCUUCGAUUUUAGUGAUCCUUUUUCAAUAUUUAUUUGAAUGAAAAAAAAAAAAAAUUAGUUGAAGUUUUGAUAGGUUUUCGAGGGAGUAUGUCUUUAUGAACGUAAUCGUUAUUCUAAAGUGACAGAAAUAAAGGGGCAUUUGUAAAUUGGACCGGUACCCAAAACAGUCCAGGGUCUCUGGGCCCAUGGCGCUUGCACAUACCGCAAGCUAGUCUGCAAGACUAGUCCAGUCGCUCCGUGUCAUAAACGGAUCGGUUUUAAGAAGAGAAGCGUAGUUUGUUUUUGAUUAUGCCAGUCCCUCUGUGCUGUGUAUUACGAGUGACCUGAAAAAUUCUUCUGAGAUCGAGCGCUUACUUCGACGCUAUAAGUGAUAUUUAUAAUUAAAAUUAUCAUUAUAUAUUCGGAAUUUUGUAAAGAGUCCCAAAAUUCAGCUUCGAUGGUGUUUGUGAUAAAUGUAUUAGGUCUUCGGUGUACGCAGUUCAAAGGGGAUAUUAAUUUUUUAAACUGUUCACAGGGGCAUAUUUCAUAUUAUACACACACAAUACUCUUCAUUCUGUUUAUGAUUUCUCAGUACAUACCGUCACGAAUCUAUUAAUUCCGAAAAAGACUUAUUUGUGAGGUAUUUUAUUAUUAUACUGAUAACAAAUCUACGAGCUACAAAGGUUAUUGGAAAAAUAAUAAUAACAAUUGUAUACACAAAUUGUUUUUUAUUGAUAUUUAUAUAUUAUUGGGUGUACAAAUUAAUUUGGUACAUUAUUAUUGCUUCAUUUAUCAAUAGGAUCUUAAAUGCAUAAAAGCGCAGGAAAAUAUUUGAAUUUAAAAUCCUAAUUAAUAGAAGGCACCCUAUUAAUUUGUAUACCUAGAAUAAAAGUCAACCAUCUUUUCAUUAAAAAAAGGAUAAAAUCUCAGCCUGUCCUAAUUAUCAAACUCAUUGACAUUUUCAGUUGCUUUUCAAGGUACGGUGAUAUCACAGAAGUAUAAGAAUAAAAUAAAUGGUAUCUUUGUCUAAUCAUGUAUGCGCAUUAACGUGGUAAAUAUUUUUUUUAUAUUUUAUUUUAUAAGACGCGAUUAGUUAGACUUUUAUAUAAUUAUAGUACAAUUUGUGUAAUUAUAAUAUAAUUUUAUAUAUUUCCAUCUUUUGAAAAUUUCAAAUUUUAUGCGCAACGCCGCCAAGCGUCUGCGCAUGCGCGGUUAGACAAGGACGCCCGGAGCCUUUAUAUAGCACUCUCUUCCGAGCGUAUGGUUCAGUCUUGUAUCUCUGUGGGUAGGGGAGGGACGUUUCGACGAAAAGAUUAUCACUCGCGCGCAUGAAUUCUUAUUGUUAGAGAUUUAUUUUUGCGAAUGCCACGUGUACAUGUGUGAAUAUGCUAUGUGUGCGAUUAAAUAUUUUUAUGUAAAUUCGCGGGUACGCUUACGAACCAGGAAAGAAAUUACACGUAGAAAAGGAACCAGCACAAUACAUGAAAUUUCCCGACAGUUGUGCGAUUAGGAUUGUACGUAUGUAUACGCGACAUUUUAUUUUAUUACUUUAGCUAUAAAAACGUAAUGUCGUAUAUGUAAUUUGUGCCGGUUUUUUAUCGCUCAUAAUUUAUUCUAAAUUAAAUAACAUAAUCAUCGUAAGCAAAGUAUAUGUUUCAAAAAAUAUGCCCAAAAAAAAAAAAUGUAUAUAGAUGUCAACUUGUAGUAGAGAUGGCUAACAAAGUUGACGGGAUUUUUAAAUUUGUUUAUAUAUUCUUUCUUUUCUUAUCUUUCACCCAUAAGCUUCCCGUUUUUAUAAUCGAUACACAUUAUUUCCUUUGAAAUUAUUCUCGUUCCAUUGAUUAUUCAAAAACAACUACGCAACAAUUAUACAAGCGAAGAGCAUGCACCGUGAUCUUGCGCUUAAUUAAAUACACAGGCAGUAUUGUGUUUUACAGAAGGACAACGUAUUAUGAAGAUACAAAUAUGUAUGUAUAACCGACAUAUAUGUAUAUUUGUAUCUAUAUGUAUAUCUACUAUACUUUUUAAGAUGUACAUUCAUUCACAUUGUGCUCAUUAAUAAUUAAGGUUAAAGACUAUAUACAAUGGCCGCUCGUUAAAGUAGCCGCGACAUAAGUAGCCGUUAGGAAUGCCCAUCGCUCAUACGCAUUAGCCGUACAUGCGCGCACACCCUAAUCUGUCGUUACUAAGUUAGGGAAUGAAAAAUUCAUGUAUAUGUAUAUAUAGUAUUAAACAUAGGGGGUUUACCUAGGAAAUAUGGUGUUGUAGGAAGAUAAGGCCCUAUUGCCCAUUAUUAAUACUUCCACAAAAUUCAAACUUUAAAUUUUCAAAAAUUAAUUUUGAACGUUUGAAAUGUUAUAACUCUAGAAUUAAAUUCUAUAAGUUCCAGAUAAUAAUCAUAAAUAAAAUUUUCCCUGAUAAACAUAUACACUCAAGUAGCGCCUUUUCCUCCUGGAGCACCCUAUUCCGUAUGGAGACCUCCAUUCUUAAUACUGUACAAUGCCACGUUUAUUAUACGAAUAGCCCAACCACAUAUGGCUACAACGAGAAAGUAAGCACUUGAUUGGAGGGUAUAGCGCGCGUGUAAUUGGCCGCUCGAUAAUUAACCGAUUGAAAAAAGUACGCCUCUAGAACCCUCUAGCGCGGCUACUUAUCGAGCGGCCACUGUAGUUAUAUCUUUUAUUCGUAUAGUUACUGUAUAAAUUAAAUAACCUCAUUAAAGUUAAUAUAUAAGAUUCUAAAAUAAAUAUUCAAUUUUUCUGGCUAUUUGACGAUGAAACAAAAUAUUAGUAACGAUAAACAAUACGAUGACUUUGCCUUCUGAAGUAUACAAAAAAGAGAAGGGAAAAGAAAAUUCUAUUUAGAUAAUGAAGGAUUGAUAUUUUACAUUCGAUGCUAGCUGAGUCAAAAUGUAAUUAUUGUAUCUUAAAAAUCAGGAAGCAAUAAGCAAGAGUAAAUUAGCACGAUCUUAAAGGAAGGAAUCGUUAACGUCGUGUAAAUUUGUAUAAUUUCACAAUCGCCCCAGUAUUUAACAAUUUUCUAACAGUUUUUUUAUGAAGGAAUAUUAAGUCGUGUCAAUUCGUCAAAACACGAGUAGUAGUAGUCAGUUGAUACAUACGAUUAAUGAUAAACAAAAAAAAAAGAGAAAAAA